UAUUCACUUUUUGCUUACACAAUUUAUCUGUAUGAAUAAAUCUUUAGAAACCUAUGUAUAUUUAAGAAUAUUAUUAAGUAAUGAAUGAUAACUACAUAUUAUUGUAAAUUAUUCCUAUGAAUAGCAUUAUUUAUGUUUUGUAUGUUUCACUGCCCUAUACAAGACUUCACAAUAUUAAUUAUAGAUGGAAUUAGAUGAAAUUUUCGACAAUUAUCUAUCUAGCAGUUGAAAACCAACUGAUCUCAAUCAAUGUAGAAAAUUGUGUUAUUUUGAAACCUCAAUUUUAUAUCACUUAUCUGUGUAGAUAACUUGUUCACACGCAUUUUAUUCCUCUAUUUAUUAAAUGUUUCAAUUGAUAUACACUUUGCUCACUCUUUUCUACUAUUCUUGAUGUAUGAACGAAACUAUCCCCAUCCUUAUCUUAUGAUAAGGACUCUUAUUCUUCUCUCUUCCCUUUGUAAAAAUCUACAAAUAAUAAUUAUUUUCUGGAGCUGAUUGGUUUGUUCUAUGAGAACAGGAAUGUUUAUGUCCGCACCCUGAUAUUUUAAAGCAGCAAACAAUGCUGAUUGACAGUAAUUCUUAGCUGUUUGAAUGUUGAAAUAGAGGUUUCAAUCAAUCCCAUUUUAUGUUGUCAGUUCUAAGUUGAGUUUAUUUUCUGUCACACUCUGACAUGCACUUUUAUUCCCUUUCUCUUUCUCUCUCUCUAUUGCCAUGCCUUGGCCUUUCCGGUCGUCUUCAGCAAAAGUAAUUAUAAAACAAAAGAAUGCAGCAAACCUUAGGAAAGAAGUCAUUCGGAAUAAGAUACGCGCUAUUGGAAAGAUGGCUCGUGUAUUCUCUGUUUUGAGAGAAGAAAGCGAGAGUGUUCUUCAGCUGAAGGGCCUGACGCCCACCGGAUCAUUACCUCUGGGAGCCCUCUCUGGCGGAAAGACCUCAUUGAAAAAUGCACUGCAAGGAUUCUCGCCGAAUCACAAGAUCACGUCGUUCGCGGAAGCGAAGGGUCUGGAUGCGAUCAACGAGCGCAUGCCCCCGCGCAAGGAUGCCCCUCCCUCCCCCGCUGUCGAGGAGAAGGCACCACCCUCCGCCAGUGCACCCCCCACCACCUCCACAACGGCCCCCUCCUCCUCUCCUGCCAAUGCACACUCAUGAGCACUUUUCACUCGAAUGAUCGCUGUUCUCAUUUUCACUGGCGCAUCGGAAAAGUUGUUUUCAUUCUGUUUUAUAGAAUAAUCUGGAUUUAAUAUUGAUAAGAAAUAUACUACGCUCUGCCCACCUUCAGAAUAGUUAAGUCUAGCCGGCCGGCAUCACUUUCGAAUCGAAACCAACUUCUAUUAUUUCGUUCAAUAAUGAUGAUGAUGAUGAUGAUGAUGAUAAGCGUUUGUUUGUGUUGGCAGCAGCCGUGGGCCAAACGCAGCGGGCUGAGUUGGUCCCGGUGCCCCUCCUCUCACACCCUCUCUCUCUCUCUUUACUCUCUCACCCCCUCCCCUGACCAGCUGGUCUGGUUGAAACCCCUCUCUUCAAAGCCCCCUCCUCUCCCCGCCACCACUACCACUCAGUGUACCUGAUUUGAAGCCGCCGUUGUUGAUCGACAUCAUCAUCAUCAUCAUCUGGCUCUUUGCUGUCUUCUGUUCACACUUACAUAAAUAUGAGCCGCGCAAUGGAAAUUUACAAGAGUGGACUGCACUUAAUAAUCAACCAACGUAUUAGUCCUACACACCUUCAUUUAUCCACUGAAUGAAUCGAUUUAUUCUGUAUUAUUUUGUACAUAAAAGUAUCUUUGUAAAACCAGCUUGAUAGCGAAUAUUCGACUUAGUGUUAGUUUCUCUUGUAGAUUGUAUUACAUAAUAAUUAAUUAUAAUAAUAUUACUGAAUAAUAAUAAUGCUAUCGUUAUUGUUAACUAUUUUCCCUUCGACCACAUGGAAGAGAGAGCUUUUCAUGCUGCCGUGUUAGCGCCUUGCUCAUCUUUUCGAUGUGUGUAAAUAAAGAGUGUAUGCUGUUGCAAUCCAUUUCCAACCGAAUCCAAUCCACUACUCACCGAGUGAAUGUGUGUAUGCGCUUCAACAUUUCAUCUAGAUACUGUAAUAUGUUCUUUGUUAGACAAUUCUAUAACUCUAUCGAUGCAUUUGAAAUCUCUCUCUUGCCUUCCAUGCCUUGUGUAGGUUUCUGGUUAGUCAAAUAAUUGCCUGACGAUAAAUGUGAGAAAAGAAGCAACAACUUUUUCGUUGUUUAUCAGCAGUCAUUAUUCGUAACUUACACCUUUCGACACUUCUAAAGCCUUUCAACUGAUGAUUAUAUAGUCGAUUUAAACUGUUUUAGCAAACAGGCUUUCAUCUAAUAAUCACAAAAUAGAUAAAUAUUUGUAUUUGUGUGCAAAGGACAGUUUGUUUGCUUUUUCCAAUUGUCAAUUCCUUGUUCUCUUGUUUGUUUUACAUACUUUAAUACACAAAAUGUGAACACUAUAUGUUAUCGAAUAAUUGAAAAAUUAACAGAUCUUGUUAUUGUUAUUGAUUGCUGAAGAUGAAAUUCUUUUACAUGUUUUUAAGAAUAAUCACUUGUUGACUGUGUGACUAUUUUUCUAUUAUUCUAACAUUUUUAUAUCAUUAAUAUUUCCAAAACUUUUGUAUAUUUUCCAUCAAAUAGAUUCUAUACAAUGGUCAUGUGUAUGUAGAUAUGUAACUAUUGAUAUCUAUAUACAUGAUGGUACAUAAUAAAUAUGAAUUAAUAUGAUAAGACUCAUAUUGAUGUUACGUCUGUAUACGUCCACAGAUAAGUAAACCCUGCACCAUUUAGUUAUAAUCAGAAAGGUGAAAAUGAGUUUUAACAUCAUUAUUGUAUUAAUAAUGAUAAGAAAAUAAUAUUCAAAAUAAUUACUAUUGAAAAAUAAUAUUAAAUAGCAAUUAUCUAAUGAAUAAUAUGUAUCAAAGUCAAGAAAUUUAGUUUGUAUUUUUUAUAAAUUAGGUUUUUUAUUGAAAGAUGCUAGUGAAACAAUAGAUGUAUUUAGUAUGAAUAAUCAGAAAUAAAAAACAGAAAUGUGCGAGUUGGGAGGGUACAAAGUGAAGAAUAUUUGCUGUAAAUAUGAAGCCAGCAGUUUUUCCGAUCUAGGAAACAAGGGAUAAUAAAGUUGAUGGGUUGAAUCAGAGACAAAAUAUUUAUUCAACAACGUUCGACAUUUGUUUGAGAGUCAGCAGCACAAACGAACAUUGAUCGAUAUUCUGCUGUUUAUCACCCAUUACGUCACUACUCUCAUAGAUAGGUCACAAUCGAAAAUCAAAAAAAGAAUUGUGUUGAUUUUUUUGUAAAUUUCGCUCUCAGUUUUGAGUGCAUGGUGUGAAUCUGAGCCAGGUACUUGCUGUUGUCAGAAUGUCAACUACUGGGUGAAUGGAGCAGUGUGUACUUGUAUCAGUAUGGGACAAUGAAAUUAAUCAAAUAAUAUAUCAAUCGAUUGUAGAGAUUUUCUUCGAGUUAUGUGUUUUCCAGAUCGGCUGACUUGAGACAUGAUUAAUAUUAAUGCAAUCAUUAUCAUCAUUAUAAUCUUCUAAUUAUCAUCCUCAUCUUCAAUAUGCGAAUUGAAUUUCAAUAAUAUUGUGUACAUUUUUCCAAGUAACAUAUGCAAUUACUACUAAGAAUAGAAAUUAUACUAAUUUUCCCCAAAUUUAUUAUUGAACUCAUUCUAAAUAUCGUACAGUUAUUGUCAUUUUUCCUGUUUUAGAAUAUAAGUAGGUUCCGGACUACCGGUACCCCAUGCAGAACAACAUUUACUUGUAUGGAGCCUCUUUAUCAAGUCAUUCUUGUUUAAUUGAACCAGAUCUCAUGUGUUGCUUAACUACUUGCAAAUUUGGCCACUGCAUAAUCUGGUCGUUAUUUUACCGGUUUACUCACUAUAAAUAUCUAGAACAGCAUGCUUGAAAUUGUAACUAUUUAAUUAUUUAAUUAUUAAAUCACUCAAAAUUUCAACAGUGCUUUAUAGCACUUGAUUUCAUUAUCAAAGUUGUAUAUUAUUCAUGAUAUUAUCGUGGAAAUCUAAGUAAUGUAAAUAAUGUUUCUCUUGAAAGCAUAAGGAUGAAAAACUAUUAUCUUAUUAGUGGAUGCAUAACUUGGAACGGUAUUGUGUACUGUACAUAUAUUGUUGAAUAGAUUUUUUAAGAAAUGUUGAAAUCAUUUUAGGUAUAAGUUGAUUGAAUUUCAAUUGUAAGCAUUGACAUUAUUAGUGUAUGAUAACUCAAAAAGCUUUCAAACUUUUCUACCUAUGAAUAACAACAUAUUUCCCAACAUCACAUAUUUCGGUUAAGUUAAUUUUUGGUGAAUGAAUUAUUAUAUUAUUUUUGUUGAGUAUGAUGUUAGUUAAUCUAGUUCUAAUUGAAAAAAAUGUACUUAAUUAUUUAUUGACCUAUGUCUUAAUUCAACGAUUUUUAUAUUAUUUAUUAAUGAUGGUUUGUUUUGUAAGUUGGAGGCCUAAUCCAAUUUAAAAAUUUGUAUUCGUCAAAAAUUAUAAUUGAAAAUUAAUUAACACUUUCAAUUAUAUGCUAACCGAUCAUAAAGUGUUGAUUACGAAUUUGUCCUGUGACAAAAUUUUUGUUAUUUCAUUGAAUAAUUUUUGAAAAGACUGCAAUUUGAAAAUUGUACUCUUUUCAUUCGAUUGUAAUAGUUGAAAUCAAUAAAAUUCCAGGGCAGCAGAUACAGACAUUUCAGUUGAAAAUAUGAUUAUUUUAGUUUCUGCAGAAUUAAAUUUAAUUUAUUGUCUAUCACACUUGUCGCAUACGUGCUGUUGUAAUUAUUUAUAUUCAGUUUUAAACAGGCCAUUGAAGGAAUCGCCUUUAAAAACUUUCAAAAGUAAUUUUAUUGUUGAAUAUUGAAGCCAUUGUAUUAAUUUGUAAUUGACACAGUUAAAUCUUGAAAUCAACAGCCCGUGAUAAUUCAAGAAUAUUCUGUUUUGGCAUUAUUGUUUAUAGGUAUUGUAAUAAUAUAUAACAACAUACUGGGUCUGCGAUUCGCGUUCAAUAUUACUUCUAACAUUGGAUUACUUUUCUGUUCAUUAAUAUAAUUCUUUAAAGAAGCUUAGAUUCCCUCGUCUGGUUCAAGUGAAUUAAAGUUAUUGCUACUAA